GAAAAAAACAAAAAAUCAAAACAUGUAAGCUUCUCCUCCGGGACAACACCCGUCCCAAUUGCCAUCCGUAUGAUUAUCCCUUUGGGUCUUCUACUCAAAGAACUCUCAAGAUCAAGUCAAACCAUUUUGAGAACCAAACUACUCCACGCCAAAAUUCUCAAGACCCGUCCAUCUGACCCUUUUUACGCUACAAGAAUCAUCAGAUACUAUGCGCUCAAUGAUGACGUCAUCUCUGCUCGCCACCUGUUCGAUGAAACUCCUAAGGGAAGUAUUUUCUUAUGGAACUCAAUUAUUCGUGCUUAUGCGAGAAGCCACUGGUUUUCCAAUGCAAUGGAGCUCUUCAAAGACAUGAUGUGCUCGGAAACGAGGCCAGAUAACUUCACAUUUGCCUGCAUUUUACGUGCCUUCUCCGACAAGUUCGAUUUCAGUGGGUUGAGAGUUGUUCAUGGAGGACUGGUCGUUUCAGGGUUGGAAUUGGAUUCCAUUUGUAGUAGUCAACUUGUCAGUGCAUAUUCGAAAUUGGGUUUCUUGGAGGAGGCUAUCAAGGUGUUUAACGGGAUAGCCGACCCAGAUCUAGUGCAUUGGAAUUCAAUGAUUUGGGGGCAUGGCUGCAUUGGGGAUUGGAUAAAGGGCUUUCAGCUUUUCAUUAAGAUGCAGAGAAUGGGAAAACAGCCUGAUGCGUAUACAUUCGUUGGCCUGGCUUCAGGUUUGGAUUCACCGAGUUUGCUCAGAAUAGGAGAAAACGUUCACAGCAUGUGUUUAAAAACUGGUUUUCAUUCAAAUGCUCAUAUGGGCAGUCUUCUGGUGAGUAUGUAUUCGAGAUGUAACUGUAUGAAUUCAGCUUGUAGGAUCUUUGAAAGUUUACUAGAGCCUGACUUGGUUACUUGGUCUGCAAUGAUAUGUGGCCUAUGUGAAGCAGGGGAUAAUAUUAAAGCAUUGGAUUUCUUCAGGAAAAUGAAUGUAAAAGGCAGAAAGAGCGAUCCUUUACUGAUCGCUAGUGGGCUCUCUGCUGCAUCUCAAUUAGCGAUAGUCCGGCCUGGUAGGGAGAUGCAUGGUUAUGCUUUUCGCCAUUUCUGCCAUGUGAUGAUUUUGGUAUCUUCUGCUCUAAUUGACAUGUAUUCUAAAUGUGGGUUCUUGAUGUUGGCUACACAAGUGUUCAGAACCAUGCCAAUUAAGACCAUAGUUGCAUACAAUUCAAUGAUUUCAAGUCUUGGUUUACACGGAAAAGCAUAUGAGGCAUUUCUGAUUUUUGAGGAGGUUUUGGAGAAUGGUAUGUGCACUAAACCGGAUGAAGCUACUUUAUCUGCUCUUCUUUGUGCUUGCUGCCAUGCCGGUCUUGUAAGUGAGGGAAGGAAAUAUUUCAGGACAAUGAGGGAGAAAUUCGGCAUUCAAGCUAAAACCCAACAUUAUGUUUACAUGGUAAAGCUUCUUGGGAUGGAUGGAGAGUUGGAAGAAGCAUAUAAACUUAUCCAAUCUAUUCAAGAACCUGUUGAUUUUGGCAUUUGGGGGGCACUAUUGUCAUGCUGUGACGCUCAUGGAAACUACAGACUGGGAGAGAUUGUAGCUCAGCAUCUCUUUGAAAAUAAGCUGCAGAAAAGUAGUUAUGGGGUAAUGGUAUCCAAUAUGUACGCCAGAGAUGGGAGAUGGGAGGAUGUAAAGAAGGUGAGGGUUGAUAGGGAAGCUGUAAAGGGAAAGAUUCCAGGAAAGAGUUGGAUUAGUAAUAGGAAAAAAUAAUGAGGUGUAUCAUGCAACAAGAACAACAUUAUGUUCUCACCGUUCUGUGAUGUGGUAUACUGGUAUCUGUCUUAUAAACCUUAUAGGUGGGUUCCACAAUUGUUAUGUAUAGCUUGAAUUUAUGACGUACGUGUGUGAACUUUCACCUACUUAGUGGUGGUUGAGUUUGUUUUGGGAAAGAGGAGAAGCUUACAAUCAAAUGUGGCUUGAAGUUUCAGAAAAUAAACAAGUUACAACAUAAAACAAACCAUAUACUUCGUAAAACAUAAGUCCAAGUGGACAACAAAAGUCAAAAAUAAGAGAAGAUCAAAAUGAAAAAAGAAAGAAAAGCGGGCAUUUGAGUAUAUUGGCCGGGAGCACUAAUGAUGUCCGGAACAAUAGCUUCUAGACUUUACUGAGACGAUAUGGAGCGAUGAGGAGGUAGGGAGUCCUGCAUGUUGCAAAGGAGGUCAGAGCGUCACGAAGUUGAUGUUGAAGAUGGAGCCUUGUUUGUGAUACCCGACCGGGUGGGGUCAGUCACCCGACCGGGUAUGAUGUGAAUUUGGCCGGGCAACUCUCUGGAUUGGGAAACCCGAUCGGGUAAGGAGGUUUACCCGACCGGGUCCGUGGAUGGUUUUGGCUUCUGUUUAGGAUACCCGCCCUGGUGUCUACCCGGGUAUGCCUAUUGAGGAGACACCCGAUCGGGCCAGUGGAGUUUCUACCUUUCUGCUUUGGUUACCCGCCCUGGUCUCAACCCGAGCAUGCUUGCUGAGGAGUCACCCGACCGGGUCAAAUAGGAGACCCGACCGGGUCUGCGGAGAAAUUUUAAUUACGGGCUUAAUUUUGGGCCUGCGGCUCUAAUCUUGGUUUAGGUUUUUGUAAAACCUAUUUAAACGACUCUAAUGUACGUGUAAACCCUUGACGCAGACAUAAUAAUAAAACAGCUCUCUCUCGUUCGCCGUGGACUAGCACAAUCACCUCGAUUGUG